UCAACCAGAAACAACACACCUCUCAUUUGCCGGUCCAAUAUACGGAACCCUCAACCCUUAAGCUAAGCUUGUUUUAUAUUUGGAACCAAAAAUAAUAGUUUGUUGGUGCCACUGCCAUAACCAGAAAGAGCUGCCAAGUGCCAACUGUAACAUUGCUGUCGGUUAAUGACUCCUCCGUUGCUUCCUCUCCCUAAUCCCCAAACUCAAAACGCACACUUUUGCAUUUGUCUUCCUCCUCCACUAUUUAUUUUAAUGCAGAUUAAAAAUAUAAUCCACGUGUUACAGGCUUACAGCAAACAAUACAUACUUUUUUCUUCCAUUUCACUCUCACCGUUGACAAACAAACUCCUCCAUAAAGUCAUAUCAUCACGCCAAUCCAAAUAAUAAAAAACGUACCCCGAAAUUGCAAUAAACCCUACUACAAAACUGACGCCAAAAAAAGACAGGUUUUUGUCUUGUUGGGUGACAACUGAAGUUAACGCCGCCGACAAUGCACGCCAAGACGGACUCGGAGGUCACCAGCCUCGCCCCAUCAUCGCCAACGAGGUCACCACGGCGUCCGGUUUACUACGUGCAGAGCCCUUCACGUGAUUCUCACGAUGGAGAAAAGACAACGACGUCGUUCCACUCCACGCCAGUGCUCAGCCCCAUGGGAUCCCCACCGCAUUCCCAUGCCUCCGUGGACCGUCACUCGCGUGAGUCCUCAUCGAGCCGGUUUUCGGGGUCCCUUAAACCCGGAUCCCGCAAGGUCUUGCCUAACGAAUCGUCGUCUAGGGGAGCACAUAGGAAGGGACAUAAGCAGUGGAAAGAAUGUGAUGUGAUUGAAGAAGAAGGGCUCCUUGAAGAUGGAGAGCGUGAGAAGGGACUUCCUCGGCGAUGCUAUUUUUUAGCUUUUGUUCUUGGCUUCUUCAUUCUGUUCUCCAUGUUUUCUUUGAUUCUCUGGGGAGCUAGCAGACCCCAGAAGCCCAAGAUUACAAUGAAGAGUAUAAAAUUUGAGCAACUCAAGAUCCAAGCUGGUUCAGAUUUUACGGGGGUGUCAACAGAUAUGAUUACCAUGAACUCCACAGUGAAAAUGAUUUAUCGAAACACUGGAACAUUUUUUGGCGUCCAUGUCGCAUCAACUCCUCUUGAUCUAUCCUAUUCUCAAAUUAACAUUGCUUCAGGAACCAUGAAGAAAUUUUAUCAAUCAAGGAAGAGCCAAAGGUCUGUAACUGUAAUGGUUAUGGGAAACAAGGUUCCUUUGUACGGGAGUGGAGCCAGUUUGAGCAGUUCAACAGGCACGACAUCGCUUCCGGUUUCACUUAAACUGAGUUUCGUUGUCCGAUCAAGAGCUUAUGUGUUGGGCAAAUUGGUGAAGCCAAAGUUCUACAAGAAAAUAGAAUGCGACAUAACUUUCGAUCCCAAGAAACUCAAUGUUCCUAUUUCGCUCAAGAAAUCUUGCACAUACGAUUGAUAAGAUCCAAUCACAUGGAAAACACGUUGAAGAUGCUUGUUUUUUCUCCCUUUCCUUGGGUUUUAUUAAUAAUUUAUUGUUCUUCUUUUGUUGAAAAAGUGGGAAAUGAACGAGAGAUACAGCUAAGCGGGCAGGUUUGGAGAUCCUGGGCAGUUGUGGACUUAUUGGGGCUGCCCGUGUGUCCAUUGAGUCAGAAAAACCACAUACUUUGAAUUCGGUGGGUGGCUUGUGAGUGAUCAAAUUUUAUUAUUCUUUUAUUAAUGUAAAAGUAAGGAAAAGAAAUUAUAUUUACUUAAAAUGUAAUCCAUUCUUUUUCGUAAAUUCAGUGUUAGAAAAGCGAAUAAUAGAUGAUUUUGGUCAAAUUCAACUAACAAAUAGUUUAAAGCUC